GCAGCGCGGCUGCUGUGGUCACUGCGGCUGUGGCUGUGCUGCUGCACGGAGCCCUCAGUGCUUGCAGCUGACACAUGCCUCUGGCAGCCAUGAAUUGCUUUGGCCUCCUCGUCCUGCUGACCGUGGCCGGGCUGGCACAGAGUAUCCAGUACACCUGCGGAGGGACCUGCGGGCUCCGAGCUCUGCAAUCUGUCUAUCACCCCACAACUAAUUCUUACGGCAACAUGGCUUAUGACUCCGGCAUGACACGUGUCGUCGGUGGCGCCGGUGCCCUGCCAGGGGCCUGGCCCUGGAUCGUCAGUAUCCAGCACCCCUGGAUACCAGGCCUGAAGCAUCUGUGUGGAGGGUCCCUCAUCAGCACACAGUGGGUCCUCACAGCAGCCCACUGCUUCGACAAGGUCACGGAAAUCAGCAUGGUGUAUGUGGUGACUGGGGCCACCCAGUUGAGUCAACCGGGCUCUGGGGCACAAGUGCGCCAUGUCAAGCAGGUGCUGAUUCACCAAUACUACAACUCUGCUGACAUGAGCUACGAUAUUGCCCUGAUGGAAUUGGACCAUCCGGUCCAGUGCAAUCGCUACAUCCAGCUGGCCUGUGUGCCCGACGCCACACUGAAAGUGUCAGAGCUGCAGAACUGCUGGGUGGCUGGCUGGGGUUCCACUGCUCCAAGAGCUCAAAAAUCAAGUGAUCACUUGCAAGAGGCCAAGGUCCAGCUCAUCGAUGUCCAGCUGUGCAACAGCAGCCGCUGGUACAUAGGGAAAAUCCACACCCACAACUUGUGUGCUGGUUACCCACAGGGCCUCAUCGACACCUGCCAGGGUGACAGUGGUGGUCCUCUCAUGUGCCAAGAGAAAAACAGUGACUACUGGUGGGUCAUUGGAAUAACCAGCUGGGGAAAAGGCUGUGCCAGAGCAAGGCGUCCUGGAAUCUACCUCUCCACGCAGCACUUCUAUGACUGGAUUGAUUUCUACAUGAACCUGAGCCCAGAUGGAAGUUCCUCUCCAUCAUCUCGGGCAUGUAGUCAUUUUUUGAUCACUUCACACCCCUGGAGUCAUUAUAUUCCCACCCCACAACCCUCUCAGAAGCCAUGGGUAAGACCAACCCUCUCUCCAAAACCAACUCCAAUACCAACAUUGGGCAAAGUUAACUGCUGCCCAUUUCCCUUCAAGAUUCUGAUGAAAUUCUUUACUCGAGUGAAGGAACUCCUCCAGCAGACCUUUGGUCAAAACACAUAUUGAGCAACAGGACAGCUAUGGUCCAGGGCGUACUGCAGUGCACCACAACAGUUUCCUGCUGGGGCAAUGCCUGCUGAUCCAAAGGCAGCCUCAAGGUCAAAACCCUGCUCUGUCCUGAUCACAGUCCUCUCCUCUGUGCUCACACACAAUGGAGUUGACUUCCCUGAAUGAAGUAAAGUUGCCUAUGGUCACAGGGAACCAUCAUUUUGGUCCAAUUCCAAAUCCUGGGCAAGGCAAGGACUUCCAUGGUUGGCACCUGCAGAAUGAGCCUGAGGUCAGACCUGCCAGGCACAAAGGGACAGAGUGGCUCCAAAGAGAUGCAAAGUGCCUGGUGAGAAAGGAGAGUGCUCUGAGCCACCACCAGAGGAACCUGCUACAUCAAGCCUCAGAAGAGAACAGGAUAAAAGCUGACACCUUGGGGGUGGUGCUCAAAUGCAUAUGGGCUGCUAAUUAGGGCCUGGUGUGAGCCUGGGCUAAGGAAACAGAUCUGGGAAACUCCCAGACAUGACAAGGGAAACUCCUGGCUCCUGACUGGAGUGCCAGUGCCCUAAGGCAGAGCCAGAUUUCACAGGCAGCAAAGAGGGAUUCAUGUACCAAGUGGUCACACUUCACAGAUACUCAGAGGAACUGCUGGGGUCAUUCUGGUGAGAGGAACCUGGCAGGAACUGUAGGAGAGUACACCAGGAAUGUCACAGAAGGCCAAGGUGAGUGGGCCAACACCACCUGCAACACCAAGGCUGUUCACAGGCACAGCCAACCUGUGAGCCAGGGGCAAAUGAUGCCUGGGCUUGGCUCCAUAUUUGGGAGGUGACAAGGGCAGAGAAUGGGAGGAGUCAAGGAAGAUGAGAGGGCUGUAUAAGCCUGGCCAAUAGAGAGAAGGAGCAGUCAAAGAGGCAGCUGCUCAGAAGCAAACUGCAGCAUGGUGUGCUUGUUUGCCUGAGGGCUGUAGAUAAUCAUGACAGGAUGGGAAAGAAACUCAUUUGCCCUUAAUUUUCCAUGGCAUGGACAGUGGCCUUUGGCUUAGAGCAGGAGCAUCCUCCUCUGUCUACAGCAUUCAAUUUCUGUAUGUCACUGGCCACCCUGGCGUGAGGGUGCCAGAAGUGCCCUCAUUAGAUCGAGCCCAAAACAGCCCAAAACUCACUGGCAGCAAGGGCAUGGAGCCUGCCAGAGGACAUUUCUCUGGCUGAUGACACCAGCACAGACUGUGCUGCACCUGCAUUUCACUGCACUUCUGCAGGAAGAAUGAUGCAGCUUGGGCACUUCACUGCUCACCCACUGUGGCUGUGACUGGAUUGGCUCCUGACCCAAGCACACACAUGCUUCCUGAAGGAGCCCUGUUCCACAGAAUUUGUGUUUCAGGAAGAAUCUUGUGGGGAAAAGGCUGCAGAGAGCAGGCUACCAGUCAAAUUUCCCAGGGCCUGCACAGCCCAGCCUCCAAGAAGAGGGGCCUAAAAGAAAGCUGCAGAGAGCUUUCUUACAAGGGCAGGUUCUAAUAGAACAAGGGGAAAUGGCUUUACAGUGACAGAAGGUAGUUUCAGCUGGGAUCAUAGGAAGGAAAUCUUGAUUGUGAGGGUACUGAGGCACUGGCAUGAGCUGCCCAGAGCACCUGUGGAUUCUCCAUCCCUCAAAGAGUUCAAUGAUAGGUUUUGAGCCAGGCUCUGAGUAACUGGGUCUAGUGCAAGUUGUUCCUGCCCAUAGGAACUGGAUGAUCCUUAAGAUCCCUUCUAAUCCAAACCAUGAAUCUAAGAUCUGUGGAGUACAUUGAGUAAAACUCUGCCUUCUUCAGCAGCAUUUAUGAUCUCCAGCUGUCAUUCAUUAAUGUUACUUGGCAUGAACAAGUGUCACUAUACUGUCAUACGCAGAAUUCCACAUUUGGUCUUGGAUAAUAAAUGAAAAUUAAACCAGCAAUUUAGUAACAGUUACAACAGACACAUCUACACCAUAAUGUCAAAUUGCUACAAUCACCUUAUCAAAUACCUGCAUUAGUGCCUUCUGAGUAAUGUGGCUGGUACUCAUGGGGAGAGAGAGAGAAAGAGCAAGUACUGUAUACAAAGUAUAAAUAUAUAUCUAAAAAUAUAAAAAUAGCUGUCACAAAAGUAUUCCCUUUUGGGGUAUCUGUGACAGGCUUAGCUGGCAAUGCAUUCAGUUCUUUGUUGCGAGCUCCUACAUGAGCAGAAUGGGGGCAGGACUGGGAGCAUGAGGAUUCCUUACGACUGGCACAGACAGUUUAUGAGAUUCAGUAAAGGUUGUGUUUGGAGAACAGAGGAUGGAAAGAUGCACAUCAUAGUUAUCUUUUCCUAUAUAUUGCACUUCUGGCAUAUAGAAAAAGAAUUCUAAACCUUUAUUUUGGAGAAAAAACAACAUACUGGAGAAAUUCCUUCCAUUUGGUACCUAGACUGGGUGUUCUGACUCACAGCAAAGGCAAGAGAGGGGUGAAGAUGGGAUGGGACAGACAACAUGUCUCAUCUGAUCAUUCUGAGCUGGAUUAAGUCUGGAUUUAAGCAACCUUUUCUCCUCUCUAUAUACUUAGGACCACUGCAGGCAACUCCAGCUGAAAUUAAUCUACAACAGCCUGUAAGGCUUAACAAAAUUUUGGCUGCGCCUUGUUCCAAAUUCAUUCUUUGCAUCUUGAGGUAAUGUGAAAGGCAUGAAGACUAGUGUCUCAAUCUGACUAUUCUUGAGAUUUUCACAAAGCCCUCUGGAGUGUUUACUAUCCUGGCCUUCAGUUACAAGAAUAUUUUAACCCAAUCUCUAGAUAACAUGAAUCCUAAAGGCAUCUUACAGGUUUAUGUUUUUGAAGUAAUAGGAUUUUUAAGAUAACCUGGAUCUAUUAUUAAUCUAAAAUUAAUAUUUGUUAUUAAUGUUGUUCCCUCAGAGCUCUUGUCAUUUGCAUUUCUUGAUUUUCACCCAAGUGAAUAAAUUAGCUGUAGCAACUAGCGAUCUGAUAAAAUUAAAACAGCCUUUACAGUCAUCUCUAUUGGCUUUGGGAAAUAUCAGUGGCAAGUCUCGAGGGCGCUGUCAAAGUAGAGAGAAAUUGAAAAUCAAGACCAUGGCUUACUAGCAGAUGCAUUAAAGAGAGCAUAGGAUAACAUAUCUUUAGCCCUUAGCUGUAUACAAACAUAAUUAUGGGUACAGUCAACAGCUGCUUUAAUCAUAAGAGAAGGAGGUUAAGGGGUGUUCCUAACUGAAGAGCAAAAGCUUGUCUGGGGCAGUGCCACAGACUUGGAGAGAGAUUUCCAAUCUUGGUGGACCAUGGUAAAUUUAAUGCAUAAUCCCACCACUAACACAGCUAUGGCCUUUCUGGUCACUAUACGUAAUGCCACGGUUCACGCUAUUCACCCCAUUGUUGCUUUAGGGUUACAUCAUGAGAAGUCAGUAUUAUACCCCUCAGAACAUAGGGUAUGGGCCUGGAAAAUCCAGGGGAAAUGGCAGACUGUAAACUUGGAGCCUUGCAUUGCUCAAGAACAAUAGGAAUUCAUCUGUGAGAGUAAUUCAAUUAGUGCUCAGGACAUAUGCCUUGACACUGACCAAGGCAUCUGCUACUUUGAGAUCCACCCGGACGCCAACCAACGGACUGUACUAGUGUAUGUAGGUGAUGGCUGUGUGUGUUUAAGGACUUUGUGUGACUACAUAGAAAUUGAUAAGAGCAAGGUACCCUUAUCUGUUAAGAAUCAUUCCAAUUUUUGUAUUUGCAACUUUAUUAAGGUUACUGGGUGUGACUUUGUAUAUUCAGCACCAGUUGUAUCCCACCAGUUAAUAAAAUCAAACUAUACAACAUACAACGAGUUACCACCCACACCCAUUGGAAUGAAUUUAACUCUAGUAAAACAAUUAAUGAAACAUCAGGAUCUAAAAAAAUUGUAAAAGAGAUUCAAAUGAAUGGGCAGAGAACUCUAGUAACUGUCCAUCACAAUGUAACAGAAGUAGAGAGUCCUGCAAAGAGUAAAACAAGACACAAGUCAUAACUGGUGGGAUGCACUGUUUGGGUGGUCACUAACUGCAAUUGGGAUCAUGAAUACUUUGUGUCACCCCGUUAUAGUUCUAUUAAUUUUAGUUACUAUAAGUUUAAUGAUGUCUAUUUUAACACUCAUGUGGAAUUGGAGGAUGUUGAGACCCGUGGCCAUUUUGAUUUUACUCUCUAGAACUCAUGGAAUCUUGCUGAAGGAGAACUGUCAUGAUUGUAGGUCAGAAUUUAGAUCAGGGCUCCUGUAGUAUAAUAAUAAUAAUUUACUAUAUGUUAAGAAAAGACGGACUGAAAUGGAGAUUUUGGGGCUUUGCUUAUGUUAGCAAUAUGAAUUAAGCAUUUAAAUUUUAGCUUGUAGAAUUAUGUGUUGAAUUUUAACCUUUUAAUUAAGAAACCUCUGCCAUGGUACAAAGGGCAUAGGAAAAUGCAAAUUUCUGAAGCUUCUUGAAAUAAAGAACAAUACCGGGAGAAGACCAAGGAAUGCAAGAAACCCAGAUAAAGGGGCUCCUCUGUAUCCAAGCUGAUAGAAAUCGACAGACCUACUCAGAUAAGCACCAAGGGACCAAAGCACAUGCACAAAGAAGAAAAGUUCAAAAGUUCAACCAUGAGGAAGACCAUGGCCUUCAGCCUCAGAGACCACCCAAAGACCCCUGUGAGACCACCGCCGUGAGCAACACAUCAACACAUGCCCAGAAGGGCAUGGAUCUAAUUACCAUGCAAGGAAAGGACAGGCGGGGCCAGGAGUUGAAUAUGCAUGAAAAGGUUUGUGCGAUGUAAUGUAAAUGGAACACCUUUGUGAAUAAAGAUGUGGCUCAGACCAGA